AUGGCAUGUGAACCAGGAACUGAAGUACCGGACAUCAGCUAUUAUGAUCCAUAUAUAACAGAAAAUUUUACGGCUAUAGGAUUACCAAAAGAUAUUCCGAAGUGGGAAAUAGGCUUAAAAGUAGUCUUUUAUAUCAUAGCGUUCCUAAUGGAUAUUGUCGGAAAUAGUAUUGUAAUCCUUACAGUUAUCAUGAAUAAACAUAUGAGGACAACAAUAAAUGUUUUACUUUUGAACUUGGCCAUAAGUGACAUAAUGGUCGGAUGUUCCUGUAUGUGGGCACAUGCAGGAAAUAGUAUAACAAAAGAAUAUCCCUUCGGAGCUAAUGUGUGUAAAAUGAACACCUUCGUGCAAGUGCUUGCGGUGAUUCGAAUGUUGAUAGCAGUAUUGACGACAUUCAUCAUAUGUUGGACACCCCAGCAAGUCUUUAUUCUCUGGGACAUUUUUCGCACUGAAGACGAACCAAUUGAGAACUAUAUUUUUGGAGCAAAAUACGCUGCCCUUUAUGUCGCCUACUCCAACAGUGCUAUAAAUCCCGUUCUUUACGGGUGCUUCAACGAAAACUUCAGAAAGGGGUUUGAAGAUGCAAGCUACCUACCAUGCCCUCAAGUCCCGGGUUCAGACUCAACUCAAUAA